AUGGACGCAUCACUGCUUUCCUCCACAAGUAUGCGGAUUAUUACUCUUGUAUUGAGGAUCGUGACCGCCGUCACACUGCUUGCGUCCCUCGGGCUCCUCCUCAUCAUAUCUCAUCCAGUAAAAGAUCUCAACGAACGCGGAGAGGUUAAGGAAACUUGGAUCAUGCGCUUUUAUCACAGAGUUCCAUUCCGAUAUACGGCUGCAACGAUUAUUAUUGGAGCUGCAUAUUCAAUCUUCCAGAUCGUAUGUGCAAUUAUCCGCUUAGCCAAAAGAAAUGAAGGGAAUGUCAUGUUGGAUUUCUUCGGUGAGGAGGUUUUGUCGAAAUUAUUAGUUUCAGGAGCUGUUGCAGGGUUUCUUGGGUCGUCAGAGCUGGUGAAAGCUUGGGAAGAGUAUGGCGUGAAUAGAGAAGACAUAAACUCGUUUACGAACAAGACAUAUGCAGCAAAUGGACUUGUCCUCCUUAGUUUCGUCUUCAGUUUUGUAUUAUCGGUUCUCUCUUCAUAUGCACUCGCCAGGAAUAUAUCACUUUCAGAGACAUAA